AUGCCGAAAACUUUGACUGAAAUUAAGAAACUCUCCGCUUAUCCAGAUAAUUUCACGAAAGCAAUUGGCUUCAUAAAGAUAACACAAGAAUAUACUGUAGACGUUGUGGCGGCAAUUGAAAAGUCAAUUAAUCUUCCAGCACGAAAGCACUCCAAGCCAAAUGAUUUAGAGCGACUGGCUUAUGUGGCGCAAAAGUACAUGCCAUAUUUUGUUUCUGGCACUUUCUAUGAAGCACUUCAAGCAACAGCAAAUGUUUGCAUUUCGGUUGCAAAACAAGAACGUGAAGCGCAAAUGGAAGUAUUCCAACGAGUGGUUACACCAAUGAAAAGUUGGAUUCUGGAAGAUUAUCCACGACUUAUGAAGGAUAUUAAAAAGUGCUAUUAUUUGAAAGAUAAAAUGGAUCGAAGUAUGGCAAGUGUAGAAGCGCGAAAAACACCGGAACGUCUUAGGAGAGCAGAAGAAGCCAAAAAUAAGCAUCAGUCAUUCUUUGAACGAGUUGAGAAUGAGUAUCAGUUCGAACGAAAAGCAAAAGAUGAAUUCCUUGCAGCACUUACCAAAUGUGAUGCUGAGAUUAACGCUGGCACUGCAGCACUGAAAGAAGCGCCCAAAUAUAGUACUGUUGAAGAGAUGGAAUUGAAGGAAUCGAAGAAAGAGAAUGGAAAAGAAUCAGAAAAGAAAAAGUCGCAACAAAUUAAUCAAAAAUCAGACAAACCGGAACAACAAAAGGCUAGUAAAAAGCAGGAGAAAAUGGAAGAGCAAUUGGCUAGUAUAAAAUUGGAGAAACCGGAAAAGCAAACUGACAAACAAGAGACUAAAAAGGGAGAGGAUGAAAAUGCUAGAAAAAGUGUUUCUGGAAAAGGUUCAAAUGAAAUUAAAUAA